CUCAUCUCUGCCACCACCACCACCACCGUGGAAUUACAAAGAGUGGUGGACUCAGAACAACCUGACCCUCACACACAGAGCUGUGGAGGGACUCUGGCAUCGGACUGGGCUGUACCUAUAUUUACCAGUCAUUGUAAAGCCAAAGAUCCUCAAUAGGAAUACAGACGGGGGGCGAGGAAGAGCCCGAGCGCUGCCAUGGCUCAACUCACACUGUUUUAUGACAGCUGACUCCAAAGGAAGGUGGAGAGCAAUGCGACCACAGAGCAAAGCACUUGUUAUCAGGAAUCCGAGUUAUGUAGCCUGCCCUUCUCGAAGUGUCUAUGCAGUGUUAGGACUCCUUCAGCGGUGGGUUGCUAUAAGACAAACAGCACCUCGUCUGCUGCAACCAGGGGAGAAAUCGGUCUCACUUCUGUUCCCAGCUUGGAGGAAAAAUACAUAAUUACAUUAACGGGUCGGCUGUCGACUUAAGAGCCUUCCGCUGUUAAGGAAGACUUGUAUUUGUUGUUGGGAAUAGCUUGUUAAAGAAAGAAGAGGACGAAGAUCUGUAAUUUUGGGUACUUCACUCAUCGGGUGUGGAAACCUGAAUUAAGCCUAAUCUGCAUACAAAUUAAAAGGUGGCUGCGAGGCCGCUCCUCAGUGAUUUAUCAUGAAAUGGGAGAAGUUGAAACCCCCGGAGCCAGACGACUCCAUGUGCUGCUGCGAGUGUGACUGCCACCAGUAUGGAUGUUCCUGCCACUGUGAGGACCUAGAUGAGGCCUGCAACAGGUGGCUGAAGGGUCCUUCCGGAGGUCAGAGGCCGUCCGUGCUGAACGCUGUGAUCGACAGGCUGGAGUUCUCCAUGGUUCCUGUCCUGGUUCUCCUCCCGCUGCUGCUGCGCCUGGCGGCCCUCCACAUCCUGCUCGGCGUGGUGGUGCUCAGCGCUCUGCCCUGCCUCCUGCUCUGGUACUACUACGCCACGCAUCGCCGCAAGAGACGCACCCUCUUCUUCCUCACCCUCUCCCUCUACUCUCUGGCCUACAUGUACUACCUCUUCCUCACCGAGAUCCUGCCUCGGGGGGACGUGGGCCCCCGGCAGGUGCUGGUCGUGACGGCCGGGGUGGUGAUCACCGUCGUCUCGCUGGUUCGUACCAAGAGGGGGCCGGGGUUCGUGGUGGCAGGGGCGAUUCCGGCGGUGCCGGACAAACGCAGCGUUGAGAACAGAGGUGGGCCUCCUGAGGUGAGGAGCACCGGGGAGGAGACGCAAACCCUGGUGGUGAAGGGCCAGGGCAGCAGAUGUGCGGUGUGUAAAGUGGUACGGCCGCCGCGUGCAGGACACUGCCGGAUCUGUGGGUCCUGCGUGCAGAGACUCGACCACCACUGCAUCUGGAUAAACAGCUGUGUUGGAAAGAGCAACCACCGCUGCUUCCUGUUCACCCUGUCUGUGUUUUUGUUGACCUCCGUGUAUGGGAUUACUAUGGUCCUGCACAGCCUGUGUCCUCACCAGCACCUCCUCACUGCCCUGCUCUACUGCCCUGGGGUCUACAACCAGUACAGCACGGCGCUGUCCUUCACCUGUGCCUGGUACAGCAGCAUGGUGACCUUGGGUCUGCUCCACCUGCUGUUCUUCCAGGUCCUGAACAUCAGCUUCAACGUGACGGAGCGCGAAGCCCAGGUCGCCCUGCGCUAUAAGACGGGUCGCCGCCAUCUGUUCGGCCUGGUGGUCGACACCGGCGAGUACUACAGGGGGUUCUUCCACAACUGGCUUGAGUUCCUCACCAUGACGGACAGAACUGUGGCGGGGAAAUGGUAUCUGAUCGGCUUCGCCACCAACGCCCAGUGGUUCGUGGACCACCGGGCCAGCAUGAAGAUGGGCACCGCCAUACUGACCCCAACCGCUGCCGGGGACCUGGACAUGUCGUACGCUAGUCUCAGAUCUGACGCAUCGUGUUGGAGAAUGAGCCACCUGGCAAAGAAGACAGAUGUUCCUGGAAAGUUUGUGUUCAAGAGCGAGCGAAUGGACAACGAUAACGACAUGCGCGUCGUCGACGUCAAGUACGACGAGUACGCCCUCAUAUACACCCUCAAGACCAACGGCGGCGUUUCCACUGUCCUCAACAAAUUAUACGGCCGAGGGAACCAGCUCAACCCCCAACUAUUGGAAAAGUUCAAGCAGUUUUCCCUGGAGAAUGGUAUUCUGCCCGAAAACAUAGCCAUCCUCCCUCAAAACGGUAGGGUAGCCCAAAUAUAUCGAUGUCACAGUUAAACAAACUUGAGUUCAAUCACAAUAUCAAUCCAAAAUCAACAAAUA